AUGUUCUGCCUACGCAGCUGGAUACCGGUGCUUUUCUUCCUACUUCGCACACACGCGUCGCCCGUCUACCUAGUCCUCUUCAUCUCCGCAACAUACUUCCUCAACCGCCCUUGCGUCUACUGCUCGUUACUCCUCUUUAUACUCGUCGUUGCGCUAUUCGACUUCCAUACACCAUGGUUCGAUCAGCCGCUUUCCGACACAGGUGGGCUCGCGCUGAAUGAGACAACGUCGCUGCUCGAGACAGCCGGUGUCUUUGCGCAGGUGGCCACAAAUACCGCACAGGAGCUGAUCAAGGGCGCAGUCAACGGAGCAAGAGGGAAAGCGAGUACAGGUGCAAUGAACGAGUGGGUCAAGGGCCUUUUGGGCAAGAAGGAGUGGAGGAUACAGUGCCUGGACGUCCUGAUCCGGAUAUAG